CCCCCACGCGCAAAAACGUAUACACUUAUGCAAGCAGAGUACGGAAAAAACGUCAAUGCAAAGCCACGUCUGGGAUUGUCUAACCUCAACGCCGCUAAACCUGGAUGCCCCCCAGCCACCCAAGGAGUCAUCCUAAUGGGCCUUCAUCGCUAAUUUGCAGCAACAUCUGGUCGGCAACACAGCGGUAUCUUUUUGGGGCUCUGAUGGUACUGGCUGAACAGUGACCGCGACCUGCCGAGGACACCUGCUGCCCAAUUCCCUUCAUCAUGUCUGGGAUGCAUGCACCAUGGUCGACUGGCACAGAGUGUGUAGCCAAGUACAACUUCCAGACUGCCAACGAACAGGACCUGCCUUUCUGUAAAGGAGAUUUACUGACCAUCAUUGGAGCCACCAGGGAUCCCAACUGGUACAGAGCGAGGAACUCGGUGGGCAGAGAGGGCACCAUCCCGGCGAACUACGUCCAGAAAAGAGAAGGAGUCAAAUCAGGAGGGAAGCUUAGUCUUAUGCCCUGGUUCCACGGGAAGAUAACUCGGGAGCAGGCCGAGCGGCUCCUCUACCCUCCGGAGACGGGCUUGUUCCUGGUGAGGGAGAGCACCAACUACCCCGGAGAUUACACCCUGUGCGUCAGCUGCGACGGCAAGGUGGAGCAUUACCGCAUCAUCUACCACAACGGCAAGCUCACCAUCGACGAGGAGGAGUACUUUGAGAACCUCAUGCAGCUGGUUGAGCACUACACCAAAGACGCCGAUGGCCUUUGCACCCGGCUGAUCAAACCCAAGCUGAUGGAGGGAACGGUGGCCGCACAAGACGAGUUCUCCAGGAGCGGCUGGGCCCUGAACAGGAAGGAGCUGAAGCUCCUGCAGACCAUUGGCAAGGGGGAGUUUGGAGACGUGAUGGUCGGAGACUACAGAGGGAACAAGGUGGCGGUCAAGUGCAUCAAAAAUGACGCCACGGCGCAGGCCUUCAUCGCCGAGGCCUCCGUCAUGACGCAACUAAGGCACAACAACCUGGUGCAGUUGCUCGGGGUGAUUGUGGAAGAGAGGGGCAGUCUCUACAUCGUCACAGAGUACAUGGCGAAGGGCAGCCUCGUCGACUACCUGCGCUCCCGAGGCCGGACCGUGCUCAGCGGAGACUGCUUACUCAAGUUCUCGCUUGACGUGUGCGAAGCCAUGGAGUACCUGGAGGCCAACAACUUCGUCCACAGAGACCUGGCGGCCCGCAACGUGCUGGUGUCCGACGACAACAUCGCCAAGGUCAGCGACUUCGGCCUCACCAAGGAGGCGUCCUCCAUACAGGACAUGGCCAAGCUGCCCGUCAAGUGGACCUCCCCCGAGGCAAUAAGAGAGAAGAGGUUUUCCACCAAGUCAGAUGUCUGGAGUUACGGAAUCCUACUUUGGGAGAUCUACUCCUUCGGGCGCGUACCUUAUCCUAGAAUUCCACUGAAAGAGGUGGUGCCCCGGGUGGAGAAGGGAUACAAGAUGGACGCCCCGGACGGCUGCUCGCCCGUGGUGUACGACCUGAUGAAGCAGUGCUGGACCCUGGACUCUGUCGUGCGGCCCUCUUUCCACAUGCUGAGGGAGAAGCUGCAGCAUAUCAGAGCCAAGGAGCUCUACCUGUGAAGAGGAGGGGGGUAGGGGGGAGAGCAUGGCGAGACACAGUGGUGGUCGGAGGAGGAAGAGGAGAAGAAGAGGAACCACAGCAUCUUCCUCCUGCCUGCCCAGCCCAAUGACCUGUGGGACUGCCCUACUGUGCCCCAAACCCGACCUUUGACCUCAGGGUUCCCGCCAGCCGCCCUCUGCAGCCACACAAGGACCGUUUCCCUGUUUGUGUUGUAAAGCUUUUCCCGGACUGUUUUCUCUCCUCUAUUCCCACCGCUGCUCGCUCUCUCUCUCUUUCCUCUCUUGGUCAAAGUUUCUCUUCCUCCUCCACCUGGAAGAUCCUUCUUUUUCCAAUCUUGUUUUCCUUCCUCCUCUCCUGAACAUGGCAUUAACUGGAGGGAAGGCUGGCCUUUUUUCUCCACGUUCGUCAGGUGCUCUUUCCUCUCAAUCUCCCCCCCCCCCCAUCAUUUCUGGAUUUCUGCAUCGCUGUCUUGCUCUGCAUUAAUUCAGCCCAGCUCUCUUGUCAUUCCAUCCCCCCCCCCCCCCCCCCCCCCGGCGUGGUGUCAGGCGUGGGGCCUUCGCUCUGUGCUACAGUGCCUCCAGUCUACAGAGCUCCAGACUUCCCUCCAGCAUGUCUUUUAUUAUUAUUAUUAUUAUUUAGAAUUCCUUUUUUUAAGAGAUAUUUUGUAUUGCUUUAAUUUUUUUUCAGGGAGGAUAUCGAACCGUGUUUUAUUUUUAUUUUAGUGUCAUCUCCUGCACCUCCAUCCUCACCCAGUCAGACUGGGAUGUAUUUUUUAUUUUUUUUGUACCACGUGUCCAUGAAGAGAGCGUGAACAGGAAGAAAGAGGAUUCAGGGGGCCAGUAUCAAUAUAUGUUCUCUAACCAAUACUGGGAGAGGGGGGUGGGGGGCAGGACAAUAACGGGAGAAGGGCAGAGAGGCAGUUCACAAACACGGUUGUUUCAUCAUCAGUGGGUGUGUUUUUUUAUUUCAAAAUAUAUUUAAAGGAUUCAACAAAAGUAAAAACGAACAAGGAAAAAACUGACUAGGGCGGAGAGUAACAAAUAAAAAAAGGACUUUAAGAAGCCAGAAGUCUCUUGGCGUUAGGAACGUUCAGUGUCUCUGUGAACGCUGGGGUCGGAGUGGUGCAUGCUGGGAGAGGCCUUGGGUUCAACUGUCAGUGCUUUCAAUGUUCAUUGUUUUAUUAUGCUAUCAUGAUUAUGAAUAAAUCAUUCCAUCUGAA